GUCUACACAAUUCUCAGCAAAAUCUGAACAAAUUGCGUCUCUGAAGUUUUGCAACAAACCACACAUUUCUGCCCAUAUAGUACAACGAUGGCGACCUCAGACUUCCGACAGCAAGUCCUCGCAAAACUUGGUCGCUUCCCCAAACGUGUGGCGCUAGACGUUGUCCUUGAGACAACAACGGACUGCGAAGAUCACACGCGUACAUUGGCCAUAUAUGCUGUCGAAGACGGCGAACGCAUCUCUGCGUGGCUCCUCACCCCCAAGGGCGCCAGCCCUCAAGAUGGAUGGCCCGUUAUCCUCGCGAUUCACCAGCAUGCGGGCCAGUUCCAUCUAGGAAAGUCCGAACCAGCUGGGACUCUCGGGGAUAGCACUUUCCACUACGGCUUGGAGCUCUGCAGGAGGGGUUACGUCGUCCUAUGUCCCGACCUGCUUUGCUUCGAGGAUCGAAGACCAACGGAAGACGUCCGUCAUCGGAAUCAGGGUGCCCUGGACGGCAUUCAAUAUGAGCAGUUCGAGUUCACCAAGCGCAUUCUCCGUGGCUCUUGCCUCCAGACGAAAUAUUUACACGACCUCUCUUGCUCCCUCGACGUACUGGCUUCAUUGCCCAACACAGACGCUGCUCGGGUCGGUGUGAUCGGUCAUUCUCUCGGCGGCCAGGAAGCACUAUGGCUGACUUGGUACGACUCUCGCGUGCGCGUAGCAGUCUCGUCGUGUGGCUUUGGUCUGCUAGACACGAUUGUUCGGGAUGGGAUCAACCACAACAGAGCAGCGUAUAUCCCCGGGCUGUUGGAAACCUGUGACCUCGACGCAUUGCUCUGCGAAAUUGCCCCUCGCGCCUUCCUUCUUACCGCAGGUGAGACUGACUGGCUCUUCCCCAUCGAUGGAGUACGUUCUAUAGCGAGAAGGGCAGAGGAUGUCUACGCUCAAGAGGGGGUUCCCGACCACUUCAAAGCCGUUGUCUACCCCGGAGGGCAUAGUUUCCCAGAAGCUGUGAAGGCUGAGGCGUAUAACUUUCUCGACCAUCAUUUGAAGGGAAUGUAGGAACGAGAGGGCUCUGGGAGCUAUGUUGGCACUGAACUGCGUACCUAGGCGAAGGGGGGUUUGGGUAGAUAUUGUUAAUAUGACCUGUAGAAGAGUUCGAUAUCAAGCAAGCGAGUUAACCCAGAGCAAUAUCAAAUUAUGCUUGUAA